UGGCUGCAUGACGUUUAUGACGUCAUCACAUAUUGACAAUUAUAUGUGUUUGAUGAAUAUAACUAUGUUAUAUAUGUGACUAACCUAAAUCAAUGCUAAAUUUGAAAAUAUCUUUUAAAAAGUAUUAUUAAUUAUUAUAACAGUAAAUAAAAACUUUAAACAUGGCAGAGAAUUCUAACAAUCCGUAUGAUAUCAAUGGACAAAAUUUUAAUCCAGAUAGUUACUUAAAAAAAUUAUUAAAAGAUUGUACGUUAAAGCAAAUUAUGGAUCAUGAAGCUGAAAUUAAAAGUGAUACACAAACUUUGCAUUCAGAUAUGCAAACGUUAGUAUAUGAGAAUUAUAAUAAAUUUAUUUCAGCAACAGAUACCAUUAGAAAGAUGAAAACUGAUUUUAAAGGAAUGGAAGAUAGCAUGGAUUUACUUGCUAAAAAAAUGGAUAGCAUAACAUCAUUUUCUGAACAAAUUUCUUCAACUCUACAAGGAACUAGACAACAAAUUGCUAAACUAUCUUCUGUUCAUACUCUUUUAAAAAGAUUACAAUUUCUAUUUAAAUUACCGGGCAAUCUGAAAGAGAAAAUAAACGAAGAAAAUUAUGCUCAAGCAGUACAAGAUUAUAUAAACGCACAACGUGUACUUGAUCAAUACGGCAAUAUGCCUUCGUUUCAAGGAAUUCAAAUGGAUUGCGAAGAGAUCUUGAAAGAAUUAAAAUUUAAAUUAAGAGAACAAUUUCAUAAGAAAGAUGUGCCAAUUAAAGCUUUGGUAGAAAAAAUAGAUCUUCUGUUGCAAUUAAAAGAACCACCUGAUUUAUUAUGCAAAGAAUUUUUGACUCAUGCAGAGACCAGAUUGACGGAACAAUUAGAUAUACUACAGAAUAUGUGUGAAAAUGAUAUGAUUGAAUUUAUAGAUAAGGGUAGUUCAGGAUUUUUAAACGAUUUAUGUCUCAUUGUUGCAUCUUAUAAUAAUAUGUUUAUAAAUACAGUACCGUUAGAAGAUAAUAAAUUCUCAGAUGAUUUUGACACAAUAGCUGUUACUUGUUUAAAUGAUUUUAUUACUACAAACAUAGGAAAGUAUUUUGAUCUUAUAAGAAAAAGAGUAGAAAAUGUAGCCGACACUGCAAUAUUAGUUAGAGCUCUUGAUAGAUUUUACAAAAGAUUACAGGUCAUAAAUAUGCCUUGUCAAGAAACUGAUUUUUCUAGAGCAAGUAUUGAUAUAGUUUUAAAUGCGGGAAGAAAACAAUGUCGCAAUCAUUUGCAUUCCUUAAAGGAACAUUUAAGUGAAGCAUUAGCUAAAGUCAGACAAACAUUAGCUGUUAAAAUAAAAAAAGGAAAACUAAGUCAAGAAGAGGAUAACGGAUUGGCCGAACUUCAGGCACUUUUGAUUAUGCCUAUUAUUGAAAAAGUUAAAGGAGUGUUACAAGAUUUACUGGCAUUCUUACAACCGGAUUUAUCAUUUAAUUCAAAGACACAGUUUUUAUAUAAUUUCUGCGUGGAUGAAGUUAGAGAAGGAUUAAUUGUUGGAUUUUUGCACAAUCUAACAGCAAUUGCCAGUGGAUUUUGUACAGGUUCUGAUAUUCCAAAGUUUCCACCAACUCUCUUUUUAUUACUUAGCAAAAUGUGCAUUGAGUACAAAGAGAGUAAUGUACGAUAUUUGCUGAAAACAACGGAUGACCUGUUUAAUAUCGAACAAUACGCAUCAUCAAAGAACAUUAUUACUACAGAAUUGGAGAUAUGUGAAAAUUUUCAAAUGGCAGCCCAAAAUUUAUUGAAUCAUUAUGUCCGUAUUCAAGGCGUAGCUGUCUCACAGUUAAUAAGAAAAUCUGUUGAGACACGAGAUUGGUUGCACACAAUGGAACCAAGAACAGUAAGAACCGUGAUGAAAAGAGUCGUUGAAGAUAUAACGGCAAUUGAUUCUCAAGUUGCCGCAUUGUACGAUGAUGUAGACGGACAAGUUGACAAAAGUAGCGAUAGUAGUCGGAAAACGCAUAGCGUGAGUACAUCAAGGAAUCAUUAUAGAUCUAAUUGGUCCUCGUACACGCCGAAUCGUUUAGAUCCUUCACUAGCACCGAAUAUUCAUAAAUUAUUUUCGGAACGUAUUGAGAUAUUUUCAUCAGUUCAAUUUAACAAAGCUUCCAUCUUAACGGGAAUCAUCAAGAUCAGUUUAAAGACAUUUUUGGAAUGCGUCAGAUUACGAACGCUUAGCAAAAAUGGCUUACAACAAAUACAAGUUGACACGCAUUAUCUGCAGCUUUAUCUUUGGAGAUUCGUUUCAGACGAAAACGUCGUUCACUUUCUUUUGGACGAAAUUCUUGAAAGCGCAGUUCACAGAUGUUUAGAUCCGGUUUUGAUGGUAGCAACCGUGGUGGACAUCAUAUGCGAAAAAGCAUAAUUACCUCGCCUAUUAUAAUAGUAUUGACUUCUUAUCAUUUGUACAUAAUUAUUUAUCAAAUUAUACAAAUAUUUUCUA